GCAGAGUGGACAGCCAUAUGCAGGGGUCCUGCCGAGCCGAGGUCAGCGGUGUCUCCUUAUCCUCCAUGACGUCCUACACCGGUUUCUCUCACUUUUCCUGAGAUUUUCUAACCUGACAAGUUGACUGCGACGUACUGAAGAAGAAGAAACGAGUCUCGGCAUAAUGGCAGUUCCUCCAACAUAUGCAGACCUGGGAAAAUCAGCCAAGGAUAUCUUCAACAAGGGAUACGGGUUUGGACUGGUUAAGCUUGAUGUGAAGACCAAGUCAUCAAAUGGAGUGGAAUUUAAAACGACUGGCUUGUCCAACAUAGACACCAGCAAGGUCACUGGUGCACUGGAAACCAAGUACAAAUGGUCUGAAUAUGGGCUGACGUUCACAGAGAAGUGGACCACAGAAAACACACUUGGAACGGAAGUUUGUGUUGAAGAUCAGAUUACCAAAGGACUGAAACUUACUUUUGAUACUACAUUUUCACCCAACACUGGGAAGAAAAGCGGAAAGGUCAAGACCGCUUAUAAAAGGGAAUACGUCAAUGCCGGAGUUGAUGUAGAUUUAGAUUUCGCUGGUCCCACUAUUCAUGGAGCAGCAGUGGCUGGUUAUGAAGGAUGGCUGGCGGGCUACCAGAUGUCCCUCGACACAGCCAAAUCUAAGAUGACCCAGAGCAACUUCUCUAUCGGUUACAAGACUGGGGACUUCCAGCUCCACACCAAUGUAAAUGAUGGUUCAGAGUUUGGUGGAUCCAUUUAUCAGAAGGUAAAUGACAAACUGGAGACCGCUGUGAAUCUCGCCUGGACGGCAGGCAGCAACGGCACUCGCUUUGGAAUCGCUGCUAAAUACCAGUUAGACUCCACCGCUUCCAUAUCAGCUAAGGUGAAUAAUGCCAGCUUGGUAGGAAUUGGUUACACUCAGACUUUGCGGCCUGGUAUGAAACUCAUCCUCUCAGCGUUGGUGGAUGGGAAGAACAUUAAUGCUGGCGGUCACAAGCUCGGGCUGGGUCUGGAACUGGAAGCAUGAGGAUCACCUUCUUUCAUGUCAAAAGAGGGAAAAAUAGCAGAAUCAGGCCUCCAGCGUUUGUUUGGUCCGCAACAGCCAUCAGGUCAAAAAAAAAAAGUGGAAUCCCUGUACACAAGCACCGAUAAUAUGUAAUCAUGUUCUCCCACUAUAAUGUUAUUGUGAUUAUGUCACUUCAAGGAUCAAUAAACCCUGCAAGUUUAUCAUCCAUGAUGAUAGAAAAACUCCCCGCUUGGUGUUGAAAGUUGGCUUCUUUAGUUUGACAAUCCAGGAGUUGUUCCAAAGGCAAAUCCUUGUGACUGCUGAGGUUUGAUCAUGUAGGAAUGUAAAUCUGAGCUGUUUCUUUGCACAGUAGAAUAUACCUUUUAUUCAAGCUCUUAUUCCUGUUUUAUUUGCACAUUACAUUUAUAUUUUCGUAGUGUUGUGCUGUGUCAGAAGGUGAAUUUAACAAUAUAUGAUUUUAAGAGUGAAGCCAAUGCUUCAUUUCUUUUUCCUAGAGGCUUUAUCAUGCUGUAUAACGGGUUUUAGACCCCUAUUAAGAGUGCUUAUUAGCUGCAAGAUGAUGCUGAAUGCCUUUUUAUUUUCCUCAUUGUGACUCAAGUGAAAGGCUGGCUAAAUCUCCCACGUCCCUUGCCAUGUGAGGACUGCAAAACUAUUCAGGGAGCAGUUUGUGUGUUCUUGUGUGUCUACCUUUACAAUAAAGUCCAGGAAUUAAACCUU